GUUUAAAUUGAAACAUCAAACUCCAUUGUCCAAGCUCAAAAUCAUCAAUUUUGAGUCAUCCCAUUAGUGCAAAAAAACUAUGGGAUCAGCCAUGAGUUGCUGUUGUUCAGAAAACCCGGAUGAAAGGGUGAACUCAAUUUCUGCACUCGCUGGCAACAAUUCUUGGAGAAUAUUUACAUACAAAGAACUACAAACAGCUACUAAUGGUUUCAGUGAGGAUAACAAGCUUGGUGAAGGUGGGUUUGGGAGUGUCUAUUGGGGGAAAACUAGUGAUGGUCUUCAGAUAGCAGUGAAGAAAUUGAAAGCUAUGAACUCAAAGGCAGAGAUGGAAUUUGCUUUGGAAGUUGAAGUUCUUGGUAGAGUCAGGCACAAGAAUCUUUUGGGGCUUAGAGGGUAUUGUGUUGGGAGUGAUCAGAGGUUGAUUGUGUAUGAUUACAUGCCUAAUCUUAGCUUGCUGUCUCAUCUCCACGGUCAAUUCGCCGGCGAGGUUCGAUUGGAUUGGAAGAAGAGAAUGAAAGUUGCAAUUGGCUCCGCAGAAGGAAUUUUGUACUUGCAUCAUGAGGUGGCACCCCACAUCAUUCAUAGGGACAUAAAGGCAAGCAAUGUGCUUCUGGAUUCAGAUUUUGAGCCACUGGUAGCAGAUUUUGGAUUCGCUAAGUUGAUCCCCGAAGGUGUAAGCCACAUGACUACUCGCGUCAAGGGAACGUUGGGUUACUUAGCGCCGGAAUAUGCUAUGUGGGGGAAGGUUUCUGGGAGUUGCGAUGUUUACAGUUUUGGGAUUCUGCUGUUAGAGAUUCUAACUGGAAGAAAGCCAAUAGACAAGCUACCUGGUGGUGUUAAGAGGACUAUAACCGAAUGGGCGGAGCCCUUGAUCGCAGAAGGCAGAUUCAAGGAACUUGUUGAUCCUAAACUUCGAGGGAAUUUCAAUGAAGAUCAAUUGAAGCAAGGCGUCAAUGUUGCAGCCUUAUGCGUGCAAAGCGAGCCUGAGAAGCGACCGAACAUGAAGGAAGUUGUCAAUAUGCUUAAAGGGUAUGAUCCAAGAGGCAAAGAAAUGAAUUUGAGGAUUAGAAGUGUUAAGUACAAGGAAGAACUUCUGGCGCUUGACCAAGCCACCGACGACGACGAUGACGACGAUUAUGUAGAUGAUUAUACUGGUGUUCCUGAUGAGAGUGAAUACGGUAUUUUCAGCGCGCUUGAGGUGCAAAAAAUGCAGGAUCCUUACAAUCGCUAUGGAGACAAGAAAAUGGUGAAACAUGUGUGACAGCUUUGAUUUGCACUCAUUGAUUGUCAAUAUGGAGUGAUGAGAGAUUUCCUUAAAUUAUUUGUUUCUUCUAUACAAUUAUUAUACCUGCUUUUGAUAUAAUCAAGUAAUGGAUUUCAU